AUGACGAUCUCCGCGGUUACACACAACCCAGCACCGACAACCAUCGCCCUGGGCACGCCCUGGGAGAACAACCAGCCUCUAUGGGUCUUUGGCUACGGGUCCAUCAUCUACAGGGUCGAUUUCCCAGUCGAAGAGCAGGUAUUCGGAUACAUCAAGGGCCGCAAGCGAGCAUUCCUGCAAGAGUCGCACGACCACCGUGGCACUGACGAGAACCCUGGAAGAGUAUGCACUCUGAUCCCAGCCUGUGAGUGGAAUAUAAUUUUCUCCAAGGACACAGUCGCAGACGACGUGGCGUGCUGGGGCAUGGCGUACAAGGUGAAGAGCGGUAUGGAGCGGGCAGUCAAGGAGCACUUGGAUUUCCGUGAGAAGGAUGGAUACACGAUUGAUUUUGUCGAUGUUUUUGGCAGUGAUAGCGACACGGUGCCAGUGUUGAGCCAAGUCAUGGUAUAUGUCGGAGUAAGUAGCAAUCCAUCUUUCGCCGGUGCAUCAUCAAUCGAGGACACUGCCUGGGUAAUUGCGCGUGCUGAGGGGCCUUCAGGAACCAACCGCGAGUACCUGUUCAAGCUGUGCAACGCGUUGCGCGACAAGGACCCCGAUGCGGUUGACCCGUACCUCGCGCAGUUGGAAAUGAUGGUGAACAAUAUAAUAUUAAACAAGCAGUUGAAUAAAUAA